AUUCAUUAUCACGAAGCAAAUGUUUGAGAUGAUGACUGACCUGAGCUGAGUCAGAUCCUCACACGUCGCAUCUCGUGGUCAGUUUUGUUACUGGGACUCGUUUUCUCUUCUUCUUCUUGUCUUCGUUUCUUCUUCUCUUCAUCCCGCCUUCAUCCUUCAGCUGCUGACAUCAGGGGAACAUUUCAAUCUCCUCUGAUAUUCAGGUUAAUCUAAUUAUGAAGAUUUCCUCUGAGACGCUUCUUCGUCAAUGACGGCCAAGAUGGAAACUCCUUUUUACCAUGACGACUCACCUGCUGUCCCCGGCUACAGCCAGAUCGCCGAAUACGAGCGUUACCCAGGAAACAAGAUGCUGAUGAAUAAGAAGGCCAUGUCAUUGGUGGGCAGUCAUCACUUCCCCAGCGGUGGUGCAGCAGGGGGGAGGGGCGGGAACCCCAACAACCUGGGGCUUGCCAGCAACAACUCCCUGAUGACAUCAGCUGCAUCCUCAGCAGGGUCCUCAGCAGACAUGAACCUGGUGAAACUGGCGUCCCCUGACCUGGAGCACUUGAUCAUCCAGUCCAACCAGGGACUGGUCACCACCAGCCCCGUGUCCAACUCCACCAACCCCUUCAUCUAUCGCAACCAAGCCACCAACGAGCAAGAAGGAUUUGCUGAUGGUUUCGUCAAAGCGCUUGCAGACCUUCACAAGCAGAACCAGCUGGUGGGAGGUGGACCCAUGUCCCCGUCCUCAUCCUGCACUGUCUCCCUACAGGCAUCCUACCAGAGGAACAUGAUGUCUGGAAGUGACAUGCCUGUAUACACCAACCUCAGCAGCUACAACCCGGGCCAGAUGCCAUAUUCUGGGGGGCAGAUACCAUAUAGUGGUGGCUCAGGCAAUGGUGGAGGUGGAGCCCCUCAGCCACACACCCGAGGCCUGGACGCCCCUCAGACUGUCCCUGAGGUGCCUCACCCACCAGGAGACCCCAUGUCCCCACCCUCCCUCUCCCCGAUCGACCUGGAGACACAGGAGCGAAUCAAAGCGGAACGCAAGAAGCUCCGCAACCGCAUUGCAGCGUCCAAGUGUCGCAAGCGGAAGCUUGAGCGGAUAUCACGGCUGGAGGAGAAGGUGAAGGUUCUGAAGAACCAAAACUCAGACCUGGCCUCCACCGCCUCCAUGCUGAGGGAGCAGGUCGCUCAGCUCAAACAGAAGGUCAUGAGUCACGUCACCAAUGGCUGCCAGAUCGCCGUUGGCUCAGUUGCCGCCACCAAGUCUGGAGGAGGAGGGGGAGGCACAGGAAGUGAGGACUCUAGCUGCUGAGCAGGCAGGACACAAGGAGAAUUAGGGGUGAGUUGAUAAGCGAUUUUACAAUUUUGGCAUUUCACUCGUGUUCUUGGUCAGAGCGAGCAGAGAGUGAGCGGCUCAGUGUCAACGAUGCCUCUACUGGACAGAUGGAUGUUUAAUGGGAGUUACGUUGCCCGACAGUCCCCAUAAACCACUGUCAAUCAUCCAGCCAGAGGAGGCAGAGUUUAGAAGAGAGAGGAGACAAGAGAAGGGAUAAAUCCCUGACGUGAGUGAGUUCAAACUUUGGACGAUUUUGAAUUCUGACCAUGGAUUUUUAAACAACAUAUGGUAACGGAUUUAAUUUAGAGAGACUGUUUCGCAGCAGAGUUUGACAUUCAGAGUUGUGUGCAUGAAGAGACACAGUACAUUUAUUCGACUUGUGAAAAAAAAGAUUUCCAAGUUUCCAAAUGAUGACAAUAUUUUGACAACUUUAUUUUCAGAUGUCAUUACAUCUCAGUAAAUAAACUGUCCUGGAAACAGAGGAAACUAUGUUCCACCACUGGUAAAUAUUUUUAAUUUAUAGUAAAAACGUAUUCAAAAUUUCACUGAAUCAGAGUAAAGAAGAUUGCUUAUAUAAUAUAAUCAAAAUAACUUGUGAAAGUUAAGUUAAGUGAAAUCAGUGAUGUCAUCUGUGUGGAUGUGAAGUAAUCAAACAACUUCUAACUAGAGAGCCAGGGCUGUAAAUUGAAUAUUCUUGUUACAAUUUACACUAAUCUGAGACGUUUUUACUAAAAUUUUGCAAAAUCCAGUGAACACCUGCCUCCAAAUAGCCAAUGCUGCAGUUUAUUUUGUAACCUGAUUACUGUGAUAUUUUUACUUUUAUUUCACUAUAAUCUAAUUGUGUGGUAAUGCAGAUAUGUAACCAAUUUACAAAGAUUUCCAGCUGCUUGGUGUUUCAGUUAUCAGCUGGUGAAAACGUUUCCCAAUUUUUCUGGAGUUUUCUGGGAACAGGACUGAAAGAAAUGUUCAAUUUAAGAUCUGCUAGCAAGGACAACUGCAUACGGUUUCAGUUAACGUGUUCAAAACCAGUGCAUAUUUAUUUUGUAUGUUUUCCAUUUGAAAAAAAAUCCAAACGAAUGAGUUUUAAUCUUUGGUUUUAACAUCUGAAUAUUUUUUUAACUUUUCAACAAGUGGAAUAAAAUCCUGAUGUGAUGAGAGAAUUUCUCUUAAAACUCAACAGCAGAUUUAGAUUUUUUUUAAAACAGUUAAGUUGUGACUGAUUGUUGACUUAUAUUUUUCUGCAGCAGGAGAGACAAUAUUGGAGAUAAAUAAAGAUGUAAAAUGUCAGUGUCACUGUGAACGUAAAGCAUUUCAUAUAUACUUUACUUUCAUUUCAUAACUAUACUGCACAAACAAAAUAUGACUAUUGAGUAAUAUUCAUUAUUCUGAUGAUGAUAAUAAUGUUAAUAUUAUGUCUGUUAUUCCGUUACCCUUUUACACUCGAAAAAAAUAUUGACAUUUGUGAAUUAUUUUGGUUUGGUUUUACACAGGUUAUAAAGAAGCCCACUUCUAACCAUCAUCUAAAGUAUUUUACCCCCUGCUGGUAAUGGGCAUCCACAAUUUUCACGACUUUCUAAAACACAGAAAAAUAAAUCUGCUGCUGGUCCUGCAGCAAUCAAAAAUAAACAGUUGAAUAUCACUUGACAAAUUGGAUAUAUUUUUACAGUGUAAAAACACUUUGAAAAAGGUGUCUGUGAUCUUGAAUGUACAUCAAAAUGUAUAUGAGGAAUAAUCCACUCAGAGCUCUGCAGGUAUGAAAAAUAAUACCCUCUGGGUUGUGUACAUUUAUAUGAAAAUAAUGCUCGGUGUGGAGAUGACAUCCUUAGGUCCUUCAGGGGGUUCCUUAUGUCUUUGAGGACGUUGUAGAGGGGUUCUUGGGUGGGGGGUUCCUGAGGUCCUGGAGGAGAAGAAAUCCUUGAGGAGGUUUUAGAGGUUGUUGAGGGAAUGGUAAAGGUCUUUGAGGGGGCUCCUGAGGUCCUUAAGGACAUUGCUGAGGUCUUUGGGGGUUUUUCUGAGAUCCUUUAGGAGGCCCCUGAGAUCCUACCGGCCUCCUGAGGUCCUUGAGAGGGUUGCGGAGACAGUCUAGGGUGUUCCUGGAGUCCUGGAGAGGGUAGUAGAGGUUCUUCAGUAAGUUCUCUGAUGUCCUUGAGGAUGUUGGAGAGGUCCUUUAGGAGGCUAUAGAGGUCCUUGAGUGAGAUAACUUCUAAAGGAGCCUGAAACAUCAAUACCAUUGCCAUGUUUAUCUGCAGUUUAAUAUACUACUAGCUCUGAUUUAGAACUGUAAUUUUAACUGUCGACCUUAACUUUGUUUCACAUGUUCACAUGUAUCAUUUUAACAGAUACCUGACAACCAAUCAGAAACCAGGGUUCUAUGUUGCCAGUGCAUUAAGAGUGCAUUACUGUUUAAUAACUGCACACUUUUGCAUUUUCUUACUUUAUUAUUAUUAUUUUUUUUAGUUAUUUCUGUGUAUACAUCUCAGAUAUACACUCACCAAACACUUUAUUAGGAACGCCAUACUAAUACUGGUAGUAAACAUUCCCCACACCAUUACACCACCUACACCAGCCUGGACUGUUGACACAAGGCAGGUUGGGUCCAUGGAUUCAAGCUGUUGACCCCAAAUUCUGACCCUACCAUCUGCAUGCCUCGGCAGAAAUCCAGAGUCAUCAGACCAGGCUAAGUUUUUCCAGUCUUCAACUGUCCGGUUUUGGUGAGCCUGUGUCCACUGCAGCCUCAGAUUUUUCUUCUUUCUUCUUGGCUGACAAGAGUGGAACCCAUCCACCUAAAGGUUGGGCGUGUUGUUCAUUCUGAGAUGCUUUUCAAUCCUGAGUCAACUGUAGAGACUGUUGUGUGAAAAUCCCAGAAGAUCAG